UAUCACUUCCGGGUCUCUAGUGGAUGUGAAGUGGCUGCUGACCUGCGGAUGCGAUCCAUGGCUUCUGUCAUUUUCUGUUUAUCUCAGCUGUCUUGGAAACCAUGGAGUCGGCAGCUCAAGUUCCUGAGUCCACUGAGUGCAAGUGUAAUGGCCCAGAGAGCAGGAAAAAAGAGUUCAAUCAUGGAUCUAAUAGAAUUAAAUGAGAAGGACUUAGUAGAACAGUUUGUUCGAGGAGAUGGUCCAGGAGGACAAGCUACUAAUAAAACCAGUAACUGUGUAGUGCUAAAGCAUAUUCCAUCAGGAAUUGUUGUCAAGUGCCAUCAAACCAGGUCUUUGGAGACAAAUCGGAUAAAAGCAAGAGAUAUCCUUAGGGAAAAAGUGGAUGUUUUCUAUAAAGGAGGAGACAGUGAUGUUAUCAAGGAAAAAGAAGAAGCAAGCAAAAAAAAAACAAGAAAAAAAGAAAAAAGCCAGGGAAACUCUAGAAAAGAAAAGGCUUCUCAAGGAGAUGAAAAGCUUAGAAAGUAAGGAAGAAUAA